AUGCAACGAAUGCUUCUCCCUGUCAACGAGGAACGUAUUCAUAUUCCGGCUAUGCAGAAUGCUCCACAUGUCCCACUGGAUCCUACGCUGAUUCAACAGGCUCGACUUACUCCAAGACAUGUGAUGACGGAGUUCUAUGCUCAAAUCAGAUAUCCCACGGCCUGUCCACGCGGUACGUUUUUGUCAUCUGGGCAAGUAGUAUGUUCUUCAUGUCCGAAUGCAACUUACGCUUACUAUGAAGGUUCAACUAACUGCACAUAUUGUCCAAUAGGGUAUGAAUGCUACAGUCGAAUACAGCGUCAACCGUGUCCACCCGGUUCUUACUUCUAUUCCACACGAGCAACACAAUGUCGUAAAUACUCACUAGGAUCAUAUGCUUACCAUGAAGGUUCAACGGAGUGUAUCAUAUGUCCUUCAGGAUACCAAUGCUCAGAUCGAAUAAAUGCUGUGAACUGUUCACCCGGCACCUUUUCGUCCUCCGGACAAGUUGUAUGUUCUCCAUGCUCGAGUGGAUCAUACCCUACUAUGACGGGUCUGCUGGUUGUACAUUAUGUCCAGCCGGUUAUCAGUGAGGAGACGCAACAACUCUUGUGCCGUGUCCAAACGGCACCUAUUCUUUAUCAGGGGAUGGAGUGUGCUACUGGCAUCUGA